UGUUUUGAGAAUUCUUUUAUUUUGAUACAUUAUAAUCUCCUUGUUAUUAUGAAUAUAACAGCUAGAAGACAGCAACACAUCUAAACGAGUUGAUAAAAAGGGCAUCUACAGGUUACCAUACGAUGAAGAUGGACAAACACAAACGCCGUAAGAUACGGCCUAAAUCGCACCGAGUCUUGAGUUGUAAAUACGAUGAAUAUCUGACAACAGCAUCAAAUUCUCGCUGGAUGAAAAUAUAACAAGUGGCAAGUUAAGGCUUAUCUGACACAUCAACAAGUCGCGAGAUAAAGUUAGACUAACACAUCAACAAUUGGCGAGGUAAGCCAAAACUGACAAAUCUACAAGUUGCGAGGUAAACUGAACUGACACAUCAAGAAGUGAUGAGUUAAGACUGGUCCACAAACAAAAAGGGAAGGUAAGAGUAGACUGCACAUUAACAAGUGACGAGUUAAGUCUAGGCUGACACAUCAACAAAUGAAAUUGAAAAACUGACACAUUAACAAAUGAGAAGUGACAUAUCGACAAGUCAUGAGGUAUGACUAAACUGACUCACCAACAAGUGGAGAGGUAAGACUAGACUGGCACAUCAACAAGUUGGUUGGUAAGAUUGACAGAUCAACUAUUGACGAGUUUAUACUAAAUUGACACAUUUACAACUGUCGAGGUAAUACUAGAUUGACACAUCAACAAGUGGCAAGGUAAGACUAGACUGACAAAUCAACAAGUGACGAGGUAUGACUAGACUGACACAUCAACAAAUGACGAGGUAUGACUAGACUGACACAUCAACAAAUGACGAGGUAUGACUAGACUGACAUACAAACGACUGAUAUAUCAACAAAUUGACGAGGUAAAAAUCCAACAGGAGCCUCGUUCACAAGUAUACUUCCGCUUGAUGGCGAUAUUGUUUAUAUUUUUUUUUUUAUUUAAGCUUUAAUAUAGCCAUACAUCAUUCUUAAUGAAAACAUACAUUAUAUAUUUAUAAAAAGAAUGUUGGAGUAACGUCGAUGCAACAAGACACAACACGUACGAGAUUACAAAAAUAGACAGAUGUUGAUUUUUAAAGUAUGAGACCUCCAGUUGGACAUACAUUUUGAAUUACUUAAUCAUUUAAUUAAGUUUAAAAGAUAAUUAUGUCAAAAGUAUAAGAUUGCCUUUGUCUUUGCGUACCCUGAUCUAAGUUAUAUACACAAAAAGACCAUUUACUCGCCAUUGUGUUUUUGACAAUGUUUGAUUUUAAUAAAGAUAACAAGUUAAAUGAUGUCAAAUAUAUUUCUGUCAUGUCUGUGUAGGAGAAUUUUCUCAUGCCUUUUAAAAAACCUUGAUGGAAUGGAUUUAUUCAAAAAUCGGUAAGACAUUGAAUGACUUCCCCAUGAUGACUGAAGCAAGCAAAUGGCUCUUUUAUGUCGGGAAAUUACAUCAUGAACACAUAGCUUCCAAGGAUUAAUGUGAUGGGCGUGUAGAUAAUCUUACGCCAUAAAAUUAUAUCAAACAGAACAAAACACAGAAUUGUUCAAAUACCCGAAAGUCAUCAAAAUGAGUAAAAUAAUGAAAAAUCACAAUUUGCAGACUAGAAAAAGAGGUGUGAUGAAAGAUAUUGAAGACUGGAUAAAUGAAAAACACAAACGUGAAGGAGAGAGUGAUUUUGAUGACUUUAUGAAUCGUAGUAGUCAUAAGGAUUCUAGAAUGUCGGGAAUACUCCCAGAGAAUGUUACAGAGGAACGGUUGCUCAGAUCCAGACUAUUUGAACUCGGAAAUGAACGUUAUAAAUUUCUUGCACGAUUUACAUUUGAAAAACAGCAGUUUCAGGAUAAGAAAGUCAAGCGAAUCAAUGCAAUGAAAGCACGAGUUAUGUCAGCGUCGUCUGCUCCAGGUCGUCUUGGAACAUCCGUGUCACGACAGUCGAUGAUGUCAGAGAAAGGUGACAUGAGAUUACGUCGCUUUAAUGGUGAAGAAUUUUUUGAUAUAGGAGAAAGAGACCUUCCUUCACGCGCAAGAACUGUACAUUUUAUGCCGUCACAAUCAAGAAAACCAGAAUGUCGCGUUCUGAAAGCAUCAACGCCCAUGGGUUAUCAUACAGGAUCAAAACUAACUAAGACAAAUAAGUUCAGUAAAUUUGGUGGCGCUAUACCAGGACUAACUAACGAUCCAAGGUAUUCUUUUUUGGAAAAGUCAUUGUCGCCGGCGUAUGUUGAAGGUAAAAACAAAAAAUCUGUUCGUGAAAUUGUCAAAAGUAUCGAGUCUUUACACAAGCUCCCAGGUAAUGGAAUCAGAAAAGUAGAUAUGGGUGCGAAAAUUCAGACUUUUGUGAAGGAAUGCAAACUUUCGUUUUCAGGUGUUGUGAAGCAACAAAUGAUAGCUCGGCGUUUAACAAAGAAAUCUUCUGAAAUAACUGUAAAAUAAAAAGAUUCAUAUUUAAAGUGAGGUCAUAUUAGUUCUAAUAAAGGCAACUUUGUCCAUGAAUUCUUGAAUUAUAUGCUAAUGAAGAGACAGUUGGUUUUCUCGAUUUCCUUACCAGAUAUCCUCUUUUAAUAUAUUUCAGUAUGUUGGUUGAGUGAUAAAAGAAGAAUGGAAACAAAAUGGCAAAGACAACAAACAAUAGCAACGUAGAGAUGGUUAAAUGCUUAAUAUGAAACACUUUAAUAGUGAUAUAAUGUCCUCUAGGAAAGUAACCUAGCCAUCUGCAUGGUUUUAAGACUUUCGAUAAGAGACUGACGUAAACCAUCGAUGAGAGUUCGCCAAUCAGAAAGGCCGUCUGUUAUCAUAAUCCUUUCAAAGUCGUUCACCAGUAAUAAAAAUAAAUGUUAAACGUCUUUGCAAAGAAAAACUUGAAAAAUAUGUUAGAGCUUUUACUUUUGUUUCCACGGUUUAAGAUGUAUAUUCUAGUAGUCAUAGGUUCUUGAAUUGAUAGCCCAAUUUUUUGUAUGCAAUACGUAGUACUAAAAAAGUGUAUUCAAAUGCAACAACGAUGAGUACAGGACAAGAAGAAAUGCUAGAAAAUAAAAAAAAAAACAGUCAUAUUCUUCCCAGUAUCAAUGUGACUUCUUACUCUGCAAGAAAACGUAAAACAUAUUUUUUUCUGCGGUGUGUUCUGCAUGUUUUCUGUGAUGUAUUUCACAUCGGUCUGUUGUUAUAAUAGUAUAGCAAAACUGAUGUCAGCGUUUGAAUACCUGGCAUUUAUGAUCAUUUGUACACUAAAAAUAAGGUAUGUCUUUUCUUUUAUUGCUGGAAAUAAAUCGUCUAAUUUUUA